AUGGAGAACGGAGAACGCCUGGACUAUCAUGGACUCGUGGCAGAUCAUGAAGACUUGCAGUCCUCCGCACGUCCCGAUGCAGCUACAGCCGCUCAGCAGGCUGUCGCAAGUGAUGAGCAGACGUUGGUUUCGGUCUUAUGGACCUACACGAAGAAGAGAUGCACAGUCACAGACCAUCCGAACAUUUUGCGUUUGCUCGAGAUCUUCGAGGAUGACAAGAACCUGUUCCUUGUGACGGAGCUCUGCGGCGCUGGGGAUCUGUGGAGGCUGCUACAAGCCAAUCAGGACGAGUUCAGUGCAUCCAUGAUCUCGGAAGAAGAAGCGUUUGAGAUUCUCAAGCAAGUGCUCAACAGCGUGGGCUACUUGCAUUCACGUGGCAUCGUUCACCGAGAUCUGAAGCCAGGCAAUUUUCUUUGCUGUGCUCCGGAUUCUGAUGCAGUAGACCAGAAGAACUUGGCUGGGAAGAUCCGCAUCAUCAAACUCGCCGACUUUGGGGUCUCCUCCUGCUGCCAUGUUAAGCACCGUCUGACACGCAAGUGUGGCACCGACGGCUUCAUGGCUCCAGAGAUUCUCCGACAUCAGCCGUAUGAUGAGAAGGCAGACAUCUUCUCCGUGGGAUGCAUCUUGCACUGGUUGCUCACUGGCCAUCCUCCCAAAGCACGUGAGGAUGGGAGCUAUGUCAUGAGCAAGAUCCGCCUGAACUUCGUGUCCGACGAGGCGAGGGCGCUGCUAGAGCUGCUCACGAGGCCCGAGCCGCAGGACAGGCCUUCUGCGGAAGAGGUUCUACGUUCGCCUGUUCUUCAGGGCUCUGCACGGCGCUUGCGAGCACGCUCCGCACGUUUGGACGCUCAGCUUUUGGACCAGAUGUAUUCCUACGGGUCUUUCCCCUUGCUGAAGAAGGCCGCCAUCGUUGCCAUGGUCACGCGGGCGGAGUCUGAUGCAGACUUUGCCCCGAGCAUCGAGCGCUUCAUGUCUCUGGACCGGAACCUGACAAGUGGUAUCGACACCGAAGACAUCUACGGCGCGCUGAGUGAAGAGAUGCUGGAUGACAUGCGGAAGAUGGUGCGCAAGUCCAUCGCAGGGGAAGCGAGAAGUCGGAGGGGCAGAUCUCGCGAAACGCGGCGAGUGCCACAGGCAGCUUCCAGGCAGCCGCUGGAAUGCAUAAUGAAGAAGUUCCAGAUGGAGCUUCGAGAGGAUGUUGCACGCCUCGUCAACAAGGUUGAUGCGACCGGCACUGGGCACAUUAGCUAUUCCGAAUGGCUCGCAGCAACAGCAGACCCUGCCUGGUACACGGAUCCUCUUCACAUCAGCGCCGCAUUCAGGCUCUUCGACUUCGAUGGUGACGGCAUGAUCAGCGAGGAGGAUCUCAAGUGUGUGAUUCCCGAUGUCUUCGAAAAGUUGACGGUCAAGGCAGUCCUGCAAGAGUCCCAGCUGAGUGCAAAGCAGACCUCCUGGAUCAACGAGGAGUGCUUCUCACUGCUCAUUCGCACCCAGAAUGCAUCGGUGUUUACAUUGCAGCGUAUCUGUGACGGACUGGAAGAUCCCGUCGAGAGGGUGCUCCUUGAGAUGUUCAUGGCUUUCAAGCUGGCUCAAGGCUCGAAGCCAUGCUUUGGCUUUGGCCCCCGUAAUUUCAGUACAAUGCAGUCUCUCCGCCUGCUCCUGGCGCUGGCCUCUGCCGCCCUCGCGUCGCAGGUGCAGGUGACUCCGGUGCAGAAGGUGGUCCAGCUGUUGGAGAACAUGAAGGAGAAGGGCACGAAGGAGAUGCAGGAGGAGGAGGUCCAAUACACGAAGUUCAAGCAGUUCUGCGACAUGACGCUGGCGGAGAAGGAGGCGGCCAUCGGUGAAGCGGCCGACAAGAUCGAGACCCUCGAGGCAGACAUCGAGAAGGCGGCAUCGGAGGCGGAGCGCCUGGGCAAGGAGAUGUCGGAGCAUCAGACGGACAUCGAGGCCGCGACGGCGGAGAAGGAGAAGGCCACGGGCGUCCGUGAGAAGGGCCGCACGGACUUCCAGCUGACCCUGAAGGAUUACGGCGAGUCCAUCGAUGCCAUCGCCCGUGCAUUGAAGGCUUUGAAGGAGGAGGACAAGAAGACAGCCCUGCUUCAGCUGGCGGAUGCCAAGCUCCUCCCCGAGGAGGCACGGCAGAGUCUGCUGGACAUACAGGGUCCGGCGCCGAAGACCUACGAGUUCCAGUCCGGGGGCGUCAUUAGCAUGCUCGAGGGCCUUCAGGAUAAGUUUGUCGACGAGCGCAUCAGCCUGGAGAAAGAAGAGCAGAAGAAGCGCCAUGCCUUCGAGAUGCUGGUCCAGAGCCUGGAGGCGCAACUGGCACAGUCCAAGAAGGAGCAGGAGGAGAAGGGCCAGUUCAAGGCCAAGCAGCUACAGAGCAAGGCCUCAUCCGAGGGCGACUUGGGUGAGACUAAGGUCGAGAAGCAGUCUGACGAGAAGUACUCCACAGACCUCAAGGCCACCUGCAGCAAGAAGGCCGCGGCCUUUGCGGCGCGCCAGAAGCUGCGACAAGAGGAGAUUGAGGCGAUCGAGAAAGCCAAAGGCAUCAUCGCCGGCGGGGCAGUGGCUGGCAGUGCAGAGAAGCACCUGCCCAGCCUGUUGCAAGCCAGUCCAAAAAGGACGGCUUUGGCAUUCCUGCGCUCGGAGGUGCGGGAGCCGCAGAGCGAGAGCUCUAGGGUGGCGCGAUUCCUGCAGCAGCGGGCUGCGGCUUUGAACAGCCGCGUGCUCUCCGCCGUGGCCGGUCGGGCGGCCGCGGAUCCCAUUGCCAAGGUGCGAACGAUGAUCGAGCAGCUGAUCACGAAGAUGCAGACACAGCAAAACGAGGAGGCCAGCAAGAAUGGCUGGUGCAAUGCCGAGCUGGCAUCCAACAAGGCCACCCGUGAGGAGAAGACCGACGCCGUGGACGAGCUCUCUUCGGAUGCAGACGAGCUUUCCACGGCCAUCGGCAAGCUCGGCGAGGAGGUCUCGGCAUUGGCCAAGCAGGUUUCAGAGUUAGAAGCUGACAUGGCCAAAGCCACGCAGAUGCGGGAGGAGGAGAGUGCCAAGAAUGCUGCCACAGUGAAGGAUGCCAAGGAGGCGCAGGCGGCCGUGGCCCAAGCGCUGCUCGUACUCCGAGACUUCUACAAGAAAGCCGCCGGCGCCAGCUCCUUGCUGCAGACGCGGCACGGGGAGGCGCGGGCCGAGCCGGAAGUCUUCGGCGACGAGCCCUACACCGGCAUGGGCGGCGAGAGCGGCGGUGUGAUCUCCAUGUUGGAGGUGAUCCAAAGCGACUUCGCACAGCUGCAGGCAGAGACGGAGGCCGCCGAGGAGUCUGGGCUCAAGGAGUACCAGGAAUUCAUGGAAGACUCCAAGGUUGACAAAGCCACCAAAGUUCGAACGUCGGAGCACAAGACCAGCAAGAAGCAGGCCAAGACGCAGGAGCUCACUGCAGUUCGGGCGGACUUGCAGGGCACGCAGAAGGAGCUGGACGCCGCAAAGGCCUACUUCGAGAAGCUGAGGCCCGACUGCCUUGACACCGGCGCCUCCUACGCGGAGCGCCAGGCACAGCGGAAACAGGAGGUGGCGGACCUCCAGGAGGCCCUCGAGAUGCUCGAGAAAGUCUGA